AUGGAUAUUGUUAAUGAUUUAUAUAAUGAUAUCUAUGACUUUAUGCUGUUAUUAUCGACUCUUGAUGAUAUUGAUUCGGAUGAUGGGGAUGUAGAAGAGGAAGGCAGACUUGAAGAGGUAGAGGAGAAGAUUUUGACCGUAACUGUUGGACGGCAUAUGCGGGAGACUGGGAGAAUUAUUAGAAAGGGAUUGCCGAUUGGUGAUGCCUUGCAGUACACUUUGUGGUCUCUGGCAAACCCUGAUACAUUUAGAAGCACUGGAGUCACCUUUGGUAAAGGAAGGGGUUCUAUACAUAAUCAAUAUCGAACCAUCAUUGAAGUAUUGCGAGAACUACGUGGCAGAUUUAUCAAAUGGCCAAGUAAUCGUGAGAUGGCGUCUAUUGCAAGAAUUUUUGAGGGACGGUAUGGAUACCCUCAGGUUGUUGGGUGCAUAGAUGGCUGCCACAUACCAAUUCCAAAACCACUUGAACAAGAGCAGCAGUAUGUGAAUAGGCAUCACCAAUAUUCCCUAUUAGUUCAGGGUGUUUGUGACGACCGCCUUCUCUUCAGGGAUGUUUUUAUUGGACAACCUGGUGCAGUAGGUGAUGCCAGAAUGUAUAGAAGAAGCCCCUUGAGCCAAAUUAUGCUCAGGCAACAAAACUUUAUGGAUGGCUUUCACCUGUUAGGUGAUGGUGCCUAUCCACUUACAGAUAAGCUCCUUAUUCCGUACAAAGAUAAUGGCAACAUGACCUUGAGACAGCGGACGCACAACAGGACAUUGUCAAAAUGCAGAUCUGCAGUUGAGAGGGCUUUUGCCUUGCUGAAAGGAGAUGACUGUGAUGGUGGAGAAUUUGAUGACGAUGGUGAAAGAGAUAAUGGGAAUUAUGUCAACCUGAUGAAUGCUGCCAAAGCACGUGGCAUGGACAAAAGGCAAUACAUUUCAGCCAUGUUGAUGCUGAAUGUUUAG